AAUGUAUUAUAACAGAGUUUAAUGAUCUUGAAAAGUAUUGAUAACACGUGACGUACUUGACCUCUUAUGUAAUAUCAUGAAUAUCUUAAUAUAAGCAUCAGUACCCGUUAUACUCUAUACAACAUGGUAUAGUUUAUUUAGGAAUUAACAUGAGUAAUUUAUAAACUAAAUUUAGCUUUGUCAGUUAAAAGUUGAAUGGUUUAAAGUGAAGAUGCUGUUGAAAACACAGUCGCAAUUAACUUUAAUUUUAAGUAUGAUAUGUUCAGUUUAUUGUAAAAGCAAAGCAUGUGAAACGUUCGAAGAAAAUACAAUUUUCGCAGUAGAUCACCGCGGACAUGUUAUGAAUCGUACAAUCGAUGGUUGCAUAGAGUAUAGCGAUUUUAUUGGUUACCAUAUCGUACAGGUGACUGUGAAACAUCAGUAUUUGGACACGCUGGGACGCGAAUGUGUCAGGGACAUGCCAUUUUUAAAGAGAUUAAUUUUCCAACAUUGCGAAAUUACUAAAAUCGAUUCGAAAUUUUUGAGCAAUCUUCCAAAAUUAGAAUACUUAGAGAUAUUCGGAGGUGAAUUGGACACGUUAAAAAAGAACUUAUUCGACGAAGUUCCCGAAAUUACAACGAUUAGUGUGCACGACACGUUGUUGUGUGAUAUCAGAAACGAAGCAUUGGGAUAUAUGCCUUCUUUGAAGAGGGUCUCCCUUUACAGAAAUCACCUGGAAUUUAUUAACAAAGAUUGGUUUACUGGUUCUGAGAACAUACAAAUUAUGGACAUCAGCUUCAAUAAGAUUACAACCAUCAGCCGAAAUACAUUUCGGUACUUAAAAAAUCUUAGAGAACUCUACUUGGACUUUAACAACUUGGAACUAUUGGAAACUGCAGCUUUCAACGGUCUUCAAAACCUCCGUUUCUUAGGGUUACGGUACAAUAAACUAAAAACAUUGGACGCAGACGUAUUUCCAACUACGACGAAAAUCGGCAGGCUGGACAUUGGAGCCAACUCGUUAAACUACUUGUCGCCGGAACUGAGAAAGAUACUUGAAGUAGGUUCCAUUGUUCUUGAUGCUAAUCCUUGGAUGUGUUAUUGUUAUUUUCAAAUCACUGAAUGGCUGAACUCCACAAAUGCACGUUUGGAGCCAUCACGAUACUGCCCGGAUAUCCCGUUUUGUUAUUCGACGUCUUCAAAUGUCACAGACUGUGCGGAAAGUGAUGGUGAAGAAGUUUCGAGGGGGUAUUUUGUUGCGCUGAGGACUUUAGGGACUAUAAAUCCGUAUUGUGCUAGGGAAAGUUAAUGUAGGUUGUAACGUACAACUUAUAUUAA